CCUUUUCUCUCUCUCUCUCUCUCACUCUUUUAAUAAAAUCCUCAAUUAUGCUUGCAGCAAAUGGGUCUCAAGAGAGAAUAUUAGACAACAAUAAAGAUGGAGAGACUGUUAUUUCAACCUUGACCAAUCUUGAAGGAGGAUUUCAGUGUCUAUUAGACAAAGUGAAAAGUGACACACAGGCAGCAAAGGAUGUCACUUUAUUUUUGAAAAAGAGAGCAGCUAUUGAAGAAGAGUAUGGAAAACAAAUGAUAAAACUUGCUCAGUCCAUGUCAGAAUCAUUUGAUAAAGGACAUCUCAACUUAAGAUCUUUUGGAACAUCAUGGUUAUCGUUUCUUAAAGUGCAUGAAAAGAUUGGAGAACAACGAAUGAAGUUUGCAAGUGAUAUUGUAGAAGUGGCAGACGAUGUGCAGAUUAUGUGUAAGGAUACUGAAAAGGGCAGAAAACAGAUCAAAGAACUAGGGUUACGCCAUGAAAAGAAUAGGGUCGAUGCAGAGAUUACCCUUGAAAAAAGUAAGCAAAAGUAUGAGCAAUUGAGUGAGGAUUGGGAAAAGGCAAUCUUGAACAGAAACCAGAAUGAGACAGAUCAUAACCCAAAAAAGACAGGGCUAUUCAAAAACAAUAAGACUCCUGCACAGUUAAAAAAACAAGAAGAUGAAUCUUGUGCAAAAGCAAAUCAAGCAUACACAGUCUAUAAAAAUCAAUUACAGUCGACGAAUGCAACUCGCCAAGAAUUCUUUCAGUCUCAGCUUCCUUCCAACAUCCUUGCUCUCAAAGGCUUGGAUGAUGAAUGCUGUACUGCUAUUCGUUAUCAACUAGCACGUUAUGCCUACAUAUAUGAGGAAGCUCUCGUCUUGGAUGGAUUGGCUUUAGACAACGAUGAAGGAAACGGACUAAGAUCGCUGACAGAAAAGAUUGAUCAUAGUGUUGAUACUGAGGAACUAGUCAAAGAGUUUAGUAGAAAGGCACAACCGUUAAACAAGGAGGAUAUUCAAUAUAAAGAGUAUGUUAUGUCUCCUCUGGCAAUGAAUAUACUAAAACCAAAUCCUGUCUUUGGAGUAUCACUGAUCAAGCUGAUGGAAAGAGACAAGAGAGAAAUCCCACUUAUAGUGACUAAAUGUGUAGAAGCAAUAGAAGAGUACGGUUUAAAAAGCGUUGGAUUGUAUCGAUUGUCUGGUACAAACACGCAUAUUCAACGUCUCAAAAAUGAGUUUGAUUUCAAUUGUGAAGAGGUGGAUUUGUCUUCGGAAGAGAAUAGAAAUGAUAUAAAUAAUAUAACCAGCUUACUGAAGCUGUGGUUUAGGGAAUUACCAGAUCCAGUAUUCCCAAGGUCAUCUUAUCAACAUUUUAUGAAUGCUGCAAAAAUUGAGAAUGAACGUAUGCGAGUGUUGGGAUUACAUACAAUCAUUAAUGAUUUACCAGACGCACAUUAUGCGACAUUAAAAUACAUUAUGCGACAUUUAGACAAGGUUCAACAGUAUCAAGAGUAUAAUAAGAUGACUACGAGCAAUAUAGCUACCAUCUUGGGUAUGUCACUGAUGGGAGGUGAUGAAAAUCAUAUUGUCAUUGUCCAGACUGUGCUGGAAAACUAUCGUCUUAUCUUUGAGCCUGAUGAAGAGCAAUAAAUCGGAUGAUUAUGUUUCCUGAU